AUGGAAAGUAUACAUCCUAAGAACAAAACCAUAGUAAAUGGUGAGGUUAAAAUAAAUUAUGGGCAUAAAUUCUUUACAAGUGAUGAGAAUUCUAACUAUAUAUUACAUAUCAAUGAUAGGUUUAAACAUAAAAAGAAGAAGAGAUCUUUGAGCCGUUCUAUAUCUCCUAUAAUUCAAGGUAUGUUUAUAGAUCUUUUAAAUAAUCGCAAUUAUAAUACAUGUAAGACUUUAUUUUCCUGUUUUUUAGAUAUCGAAGAAGGUGAAAUAUACAGUACUACUUCUUUAGAUGAUAGUUACGAUAAUAUAUGUAAUGUAAACAAAGAUCUUAUAGAUAAAACAAUAGAUAUACCUGAAGAAUCAGAAGAGCCCACUGUUGAAUAUUCCCCAGUAAGUCUAUUUUCUGGUGAGGAUGAUCUUGUAGAAAUCCGGAGAAUAAGAAGGAAAAGACUUUUGGAACAGUUAAAAGAGAAGAAAUUGCAUUUUCCACCUAAAGACAUAAAUAAUUUAUCUGAAAUAAGUGAUAAAAAGGAACAAUUAAGUGAAAAGGAAUCUAAUGGUAAAUUUGAUGAAGAAGAUUAUGACAAAGAAAUCCAUAUUAAUGCUGAAUCACAACCAAAUUUAAUGAAUUGUUUAGUAUUAGAUAGCAAAUAUAGAGAUGAAAAAUUCGCUUUAUAUGAAGAAUUGCAAAAAAACUUAACAAUGGAAAAGAAAAAACUUCAGAAUUUUAUUGUUCAACAAAGGAAGAUGGAAGAUUACAAACUUGAAAAUAAUAAAGAAAUAAUGGAGAAUUUGGAAAUAAAAGAUGAUGAUGAUAUAUUUUCUACAAAGUCACCGAUAUACAUUAAUAAAUCGUCAUUAAAUAAUGAAGGAAUAAGAAUAAAUUUAUUAGAAUGUGAUGAUGAAGAGGGAUAUUAUAUUAGCUUCAUUGGCGAAAUGAUUAAUGACAAAUAUAAAGUUAUAAGUAAUAGCACUGGUAGGGGAGUAUUUAGUAAUGUAGUAAGAUGCCUUGAUAUUAUAAAUAAUGAAGAGGUAGCAAUAAAAAUUAUUCGUUCUAAUAAUAUGAUGAAAAGAAUAGGAGAAAAAGAACAUUCCAUUUUAACUUUAUUUAUUAAUUCACCUAAUAUAGUUCAAACUAAGGCAAGUUUUAUUUAUAGAAAUCAUUAUUGUAUAAUUUUGGAAUGGUUAAAUUGUUCACUUAGAAAUUAUAUUGAAUCUGGUUGUAAAGUAAAUAUUAAUCUAUUACAGUUAUACGCUAAACAAAUGUUUACUGGAGUCAAUUGUAUACAUGAGAAGAAUUAUAUUCAUGGUGACUUAAAACCUGAUAAUAUUUUGAUUGAUAAAAAUACCAAUAUACUAAAAAUAAGUGAUUUUGGAAGCGCAUUAGAAGUUAUAGGAAAUGAACCUACUUGCUAUUUAGUUAGUAGAUUUUAUAGAGCUCCAGAAAUUAUUCUUGGAUAUUCAUAUAGUCAACCAAUAGAUAUUUGGAGUAUUGGAUGUACUUUAUAUGAAUGUUUUACUGGUAAUACGCUAUUUUAUGGCAAGACUAAUAAUGAUAUGUUACGUAUAAUAAUGGAAUAUAAAGGGAAAUUUCCAGUUAAGAUGUUGAAACAGGGUAUAUUUACUUCAAGGCAUUUUUCUAAUUGUUAUAACCAAUUUAAGUGGAUAAAUUUAUCGGAUGGAAUGUUAAAAAUUAUUCAACAAUUUGCACCAAAACAGAAUAUAUAUAAUAAUUUAUUGAAGGCCUAUUGUGAAUCCCAUCCUUAUAAAGAAACUAAUUCACUAGAUUUUCAGAAUUUAAAGCUCAAGCAACUAGCUGAUCUUAUAGAAAAGUGCACAAUUCUUGAUCCUAAUAAGAGAAUUAAAGCACCUCAAGCACUAAAUCAUUUAUUUUUUUCAAACUAA